CCAAGCGCAAGAGCACUUGUGCACUUGCUUCUUGAACAUGCCCACAAGAAGUGCAACCGUGCAAGGAGAUCUCCAUUAUACCCUCCCAUACUGGCCACUGCCACUAGCCUCAAGAGUGCAAGGAGAAUAUAUACUCCUCCUCCAUUGCUCCUCACUUCCCGUGCAGUAGACCACUUGCUGUGACAGGGUUAGCCAUGGCCGCAAGGAGGGCCGCUUCCUCCUUCCUCUCGCGCCGCGGCCUCCUCGCGAAGCCUCCCGCCGACUCUCUUCUCGGAGCAGACAAUGCACGGCGCUUGUUGUGCAGGACCGGUGCCGGGUGCUGCUGCGGUUCGCGGACCUGAUGGAGCGGCACAACGACGAGAUCGCGGCGCUGGAGUCGUGGGACGGCGGAAAGCCGCUGGAGCAGUCCGCCGGCGGGGAGGUGCCCAUGGCGGCGCGCUGCAUGCGGUACUACGCCGGGUGGGCGGACAAGAUCCACGGCAUGGUGGUGCCGGCCGACGGCCCGCACCACGUCCAGGUGCUGCGCGAGCCCAUCGGCGUCGCCGGCCAGAUCAUCCCCUGGAACUUCCCGCUGCUCAUGUUCGCCUGGAAGGUCGGCCCGGCGCUCGCCUGCGGCAACGCCGUCGUGCUCAAGACCGCCGAGCAGACGCCGCUCUCCGCGCUCUACGUCGCCAGCCUCCUCCACGAGGCCGGCCUCCCGGACGGCGUCCUCAACGUCGUCCCCGGCUUCGGCCCCACGGCCGGCGCCGCGCUGUGUAGCCACAUGGGCGUCGACAAGCUGGCGUUCACCGGAUCGACUGGCACGGGCAAGAUUAUUCUGGAGCUGGCGGCGAGUAGCAACCUGAAGCCGGUGACGCUGGAGCUCGGCGGCAAGUCUCCGUUCAUCGUCAUGGACGACGCCGAUGUCGACCAGGCCGUCGAGCUCGCGCACCGCGCGCUCUUCUUUAACCAGGGGCAAUGCUGCUGCGCUGGGUCUCGGACGUUCGUGCACGAGAGCGUGUACGACGAGUUCGUGGAGAAGUCCAAGGCUCGCGCUCAGAGGCGCGUGGUCGGCGACCCCUUCAAGAAAGGUGUCGAGCAGGGACCUCAGAUCGAUGGCCAGCAGUUCAAGAAGAUUCUGGGCUACGUCAAGUCGGGCGUCGACAGCGGCGCCACCCUCGUCACCGGCGGCGACAGGGUAGGCAGCAGGGGCUUCUACAUCCAGCCGACGGUCUUUGCAGACGUCGAGGACGAGAUGAAGAUCGCUCAGGAGGAGAUAUUCGGGCCCAUCCAGUCCAUCCUCAAGUUCAGGGAGGUGGGGGAGGUGGUGAGGAGGGCGAACGCGACGCACUACGGGCUGGCGGCGGGGGUGUUCACGAGGAGCCUGGACACGGCGAACGCGGUAGCGCGGGCGCUGAGGGCGGGGACGGUGUGGGUCAACUGCUACGACGUGUUCGACGCGGCCAUCCCCUUCGGCGGGUACAAGAUGAGCGGCGUGGGGCGGGAGAAGGGCGCCUACAGCCUCGGCAACUACCUCCAGACCAAGGCCGUCGUCGCGCCCCUCAGGGACCCGGCUUGGUUGUAGCGGCGAAACGUACCGUCGUCCUCCGGCAAUACCAUAGGAGGCGGGAAGGACACCGGCAACAAGGCCGGCGAACUCUUAACUUAAGCCUGCCUUUGAAUAAACGGUGUCGUCAGCUUCUGGCUUAGUUCAAAUUUGUUUUGGCGCUGCCCGCUUUUGACCUGAUCGGCGGCCCGUGCAGAUCUUAUCUUGGAUGGCAUUGAUAUACUUGCCGUCUAGCUAGUUCAAAUUUGCUAUACAGUGAAGCCGGCCUAAAUUUGCUAUA